UGUCAAGUACAAUACAGUAUUUUAAUGAGCGUAUCGCUCCAAAAGGGGGCAUAAUAUUUAGAGCCAGCUGCAACGCAGUCGCCGCACCCUGUCAUGUUUAUUCAAGGCCCUGCCGUGAGUGAGGAAGAGGAGGAAGAGGACAGCGGGUCCACAAGGCUCAAACAUGGCCGGAUGCUGCAUGUCGCCCGAGGCCAGGGAGAGGAAGCACAUCAGCGCCGAAAUCGAGAGGCAGCUGAGGAGGGACAAGAAGAACUUCCGCAGAGAGCUUAAACUUCUCCUCCUAGGCACGGGCGAGAGCGGCAAAAGCACAUUCAUCAAACAGAUGCGGAUCAUCCACGGAGGAGGAUACGACGACGAGGACAAACGUAAAUAUGCUAAACUGGUCUACCAGAACAUCUACACAUCCAUGCAGACCAUGAUCCGAGCCAUGCAGAUGCUGGACAUCCCUUUCCACGACGCGAGCCAGCAGAUGAGCGCCAACAUGCUGCUGGACGUCAAAGUUGUCAACGUGGACCGCUUGGAGCAGGAGCACGUGGCGGCCAUCAGGAGACUGUGGAACGACAGCGGUUUGCAGGACUGCUUUGACCGCCGCCGGGAGUACCAGUUGUCCGACUCCACCAAAUACUACCUGACCGAACUGGAUCGCAUCUCGCAGCCCUCCUACAUACCCGACCUGCAGGAUAUCUUGCGGGUCCGCGUUCCCACCACGGGCAUCAUCGAGUACCCCUUCGACAUGGAAAGUGUCAUCUUCAGGAUGGUGGACGUGGGCGGUCAGCGGUCCGAGCGCCGGAAGUGGAUCCACUGCUUCGAGGGCGUUACGUCCAUCAUGUUCCUGGUGGCGCUCAGCGAGUACGACCAGGUGCUGGUGGAGUGCGACCACGAGAACCGCAUGGAGGAGAGCAAGGCCCUGUUCAAGACCAUCAUCACGUCUUCAUGGUUCCACAGGUCUUCAGUCAUCCUCUUCCUCAACAAAACCGACAUCCUCCGGGAGAAGAUCAUCAACUCCCAUCUGGCCGACUACUUUCCACAGUUCUCCGGGCCUCGUCAGGAUGCGCGUGCGGCUCAGGAGUUCAUCCUGAAGAUGUACCAGGAACAAAACCCGAACAAGGACAAGCAGCUCUACCCACACUUCACCUGCGCCACCGACACGGAGAACAUCCGCUUCGUGUUCGCCGCCGUCAAGGACACCAUCCUGAGACAGAACCUCCAGGUCUUCAAUCUGGUCUAAACACCACAACGGCCCCACUUUAUAUACAACUGUGUAUUUAUAAAAACAAAACAAAAAACAUAUAC